AAGUGGACAGAGCGAGGUGCUGUUGCAGCUUGAGACCCGGACCAAAUUUUCCGAGCACAGAAAAGGAAAAGAGGCGGGAUCGAUGUUAGAUAACAUGAUCAUUUCCCUACUGCCAGAAAAGCACCUCGCUGCAGCAAACAGAAAGGGGUACUUGUACUGCCAUGGCUGCAGCUGUGUGGACGAAUCGAGGCCGUCGGCUCCAGGCUCUGCUACUGAGAGGAUCCAGAUCAAAUCACUCCGCUUUAAAAACAAACUAUGACGCGCUGAUCAUCGGAGGAGGGCAUAACGGCCUGGUGGCAGCUGCCUAUCUUCAGAAGGGAGGUGUGAAGACUGCAGUGCUGGAACGCAGACAUGUGCUUGGAGGAGCUGCUGUUUCAGAGGAGAUAUUUCCUGGUUUUCACUUCUCCAGGUGUUCUUAUUUGCUCAGUUUGUUACGACCUCACAUUUACAGGGAUCUCGAGCUUAAGAAACAUGGCCUGAAUGUAUUCAUGAGAGACCCCCAUUCUUACACCCCCAUGUUGGAGGAGGGUGUAAAGGGGGCCCCACCAAGGUCCCUUAUCCUGGGUUCAGAUCUGGCAAAAAACCAGGAUGAGAUUGGCAAGUUUUCACAAAAGGACGCUAAGAAUUAUCCAGAGUUUGCUGCAUACCUUGAAAAGUUAGCCAGCGCUAUCCACCCUCUACUAGACGCUCCACCUGUAGAUAUACGAGGAAUUACUGCUGGAUCACCAAGGAAGAGGCUGACCGCUGCCAAAACACUGCUGCCUUUUCUCAAAUGUGGUCUCAAACUUGGAGGAAAUAUUCCAGACCUUUAUCAGAUUAUAACAGCACCAAUAAUGAAGAUUCUCACUCAGUGGUUCGAUUCAGAGCCACUGAGAGCAACAUUGGCCACUGACGGUGUUAUAGGAGCCAUGACCAGUCCUAGUAACCCCGGUAGUGGGUACGUACUCUUGCACCACGUAAUGGGGGAACUGGAGAAAGAGAAAGGAGCAUGGGGUUAUGUGGAGGGAGGCAUGGGAGGUGUGUCCCGUGCUAUAGCAAAAGCUGCUCAGUCUUAUGGAGUAGACAUUUUUACAGAAAAGGAUGUAGGAUGGAUCCUCAUUGAUUCAGAGGGUGCAGCUAAAGGAGUAUCCCUAAAAGACGGCACAGAAAUUCACAGUAAAGUGGUUUUAUCAAAUGCCACCCCCUAUAUUACCUUUAAGAGCCUGACGCCGAAGGAGGCUCUUUCUGAAGAGUUCAUGAAAGCUGUAGAUCAGAUAGACUACACCUCACCUGUUACGAAGAUUAAUGUGGCAGUAGACAAGCUUCCAAACUUCCUGGCAUCACCCACCCCACAUAAUAAACCUGGACCCCAUCAUCAGUGCUCAAUACAUCUAAACUGUGAACAUGUGGCUGUACUAGAGGCAGCGUAUAAGGAGGCCAUGAAUGGGCGCCCCUCAACAAGACCUAUGUUGGAGAUGACCAUUCCAUCUGUUUUGGACCCCACUUUAGCUCCCCCUGGCUGCCAUGUAGUGUCACUGUUCACCCAGUUUACCCCCUACCACAUAGAAGGCAGGGAGUGGACCGAACAGGACCGAGAGGCAUUUGCAGACACUGUUUUUGACUGGGUGGAACAAUAUGCCCCAGGGUUUAAAAGUUCUGUCGUCGGCAGAGACAUCCUGUCACCCCCAGACCUGGAAAGGAUCUUUGGACUCACCGGAGGGAAUAUCUUCCAUGGAUCAAUGUCUUUGGACCAGCUCUACCUAGCACGACCUUUGCCCUCACUCUCUGACUACCGCUCACCAGUUAAAGGCCUCUAUCUGUGUGGCAGUGGCUGUCAUCCAGGUGGCGGCGUGAUGGGCUCUUCUGGGUGGAACGCAGCUCUAACUGUUCUAUCUGAUCUGAAACAUCACAGAAAUAUAUGAUUGCAUUAUUGCUGGGUUCAUAAACCCUUCCAUUACUGUAUGCGUAUGUCAGCAUAACAGUUUUAUGAAACUGCAACCCAAACGUCAGUCUUGCAUAAGUACUAAUACCCUUUGAACUUCAGGUUUGGUAAUACUUCACCCAGGAUUUUUUACUGUAUUUACUGGGAGGUUAUCUGAUACACCAACACAACAUAGAGUAUAACUGUGUGACUCCAGUAUUGUUCUGUAUUUCCUUCCAUUUAUCUUCCCAUCAACUCUGAACCAGGGCUGAAAUUUGCCAUUAUUUCUAACCAAAAUUGUGAUUUUAUGUAAAAUUGUACUAACAGAGAUUUUGUACAUGUUUCACCCCAGACUUUUUGGUUCUUUACUGGGGGAGUGGUGGGCCAGUGGUUAGUGCAUAGAGCUUGGAGUUCUGAGGUUCGGAGUUCAAGCCCCACUCCUACAGACUGCCACUAUGAGUCUCUGAGCCAUAGAGACCCUUAACCCCCGAUUGCUCCCCGCGAUGGCAGCCCACUGCUCCGCAAGGGGAUGGGUUAAAUGCAGAGGUACAUUUCUCCAAUGUUAAAUCAAUAAAGUUUCAAUUAUUAUUAUUCAAAAGCUUGCUUGCACAGAGUCCAAUGUUGCAGGAUUUACUUACUUCUACUUGCAUGCAUGCAUCUGCGUGACAGCUGCAACUCUCUCUACCUUUCAAGCAUUUUACCACCAUUUAAAGGCCUGGAGUGUGACAUUUAGUGUCUUACUGUUGGUAAAUACAGUGUGAUUAAAAAUGUGUGCCUCAGCCAUUUCAAAAAUUGCAUUUUGUUCAAUUGGAAUUAUAUUGCAAAUGCAAUUAAUUGCCCAGAUCUACUCUGAACAGCUUUUGAUGUCUUUGCUGGCGAGAAUCAGUCCCAAGCAUGAUGCUGUCGGCACCUUGAUUCUUAGUGGAGAGAGCGUGUUCAGAAUGAUAUGAAGCAUUUUGCAUGUAACUUAACAUUUUAAAAUGUUAUAAUCUAAGCAGAGCACCUUCUCCCACAUGUUUUUGUCUCUCCUUAUUUCUUCUUGCCAUUCUUCCAUAAAGAUCAGAUUUGUGGAGAGCUCAACUGAUGAUAUUCCCAUCAACAGAUUCUCCCACCUGAAUUUCUCUGAUUAAUGCUCUUGUCCCUAACAUAUCAGUCCAGGGCUAUGUCUUGCUUUAUAGAUUAUUACAACUCUGAAAAACACAUUGUAAUUGUUGGAGAAUGUAACUGAUAUGUACCAAUCUAUUCAAAUGUUAAUGAUCUAUUAUAGAAAUUGCAGCUCAAUGUAUAAAACUGGUACAAAACUUAAAUGUUCUACCAAAGAAAAUUUUUAAGGUAAUCUUUAACAAAAGUAAGACUUUUCAAUCAUGGAAAUUAUUUAUCACAAAACUUCAAAGUAUGUGAAAUAAGUAAACAAAUAAAUGACAUGAAACUGGUUUUGUAAUGUUUAUAUUAUUACAACUGGUGUAUGGUUAGAAGUUUUAUGGUUAUUGCUUUUUUUUUCUUUCAGAUUGUGAUAGUGGAGCUUGCUUCAAGCCAUUAAGUAAUCAGUCUGGUACUUUAACAGCUAUAUAGCUUCCAUUUAGAGCCGCAUAAUGUAUUACGUCACUUUAUCAGUGUGUGAAAUGUUGCAAUUGUCUGGGACUGCUUAGAUGGAAUAAAUUAUAUUUCGUUUCAAACAUUCAAGCUUUGCAUGAAAAUAAUUCUUAACCAAUAGGAUGGAUUUAGAAAUAUGGGGUUAUAUAGACUCUUAUUAUCUAGACCUUAAAGGUUACCUAUUAGUAGGAUGGGUGAUAGAAAAUAAACAGAUCAAGAAAAAGAUCAAGAAAAUGGGGGUUAAAAGCAACCUAGAUUUUCAUUGCAUUCAUUCCUUCCAAAUGUUUUCC